UGGCAUGUUUGCUGUUUGGCAUUUCAGAGUAGAGUAGACCAGAGUAAUUCUAACAUUUAACAUUUUGGCAACCGUGUAAAGUAAAAGCAAUUUACUUUUUAAUACUUUAAUGUAUGGAAAUGUUUAUUAAUUAAAUGUAGGAUUUUCUUCAGAGUUGAGUUUUAAUUGGGUUUGUAUUACCACCAUCUAAAUAAUUGUCACGUAGAUAAGCUAUUAUGGCCGAGUAUUUGGCGGCUAUAUUUGGUACCGAAAAGGACAAAGUAAACUGCUCCUUUUAUUUUAAAAUUGGAGCAUGUCGACAUGGGGACAGAUGUUCUCGUAUACACAACAAACCUACCUUUUCUCAAACUGUGUUAUUGCAAAAUUUAUAUGUGAACCCACAAAACUCUGCUAAAUCUGCAGAUGGCAGCCACUUGGUGGUAGCAAAUGUAUCAGAUGAAGAGAUGCAGGAGCACUAUGACAACUUCUUUGAAGAUGUGUUUGUUGAGUGUGAAGACAAGUACGGGGAGAUUGAGGAAAUGAAUGUAUGUGACAACCUUGGGGAUCACCUUGUGGGCAAUGUUUAUAUUAAGUUUCGGCGCGAAGAAGACGCGGAGAAAGCCGUCAACGACCUCAACAACCGCUGGUUCGGGGGGCGGCCGGUGUAUGCAGAGCUGUCGCCCGUCACCGACUUCCGCGAGGCGUGCUGCCGUCAAUACGAGAUGGGCGAAUGCACGCGCAGCGGCUUCUGCAACUUCAUGCACCUCAAGCCCAUCUCCAGAGAACUGAGGAGGUACCUAUACGCACGUCGUAAGGGCGGCCGCAAGUCGCGCAGCCGGUCGCGCGAGCGCCGCCGUCGCUCGCGCUCGCGGGAACGUCGCGGCCGCGAGCCACCGCGCAACUCGCGUUCUGGACGAUACUAAUCUUACACUAAACUUCCACUUACACUUGCGUGGCCGUUUUACUAAGUGUUUUUUUUCUACUCAUUUCAUUUGUUGCCGAUUACAAAUUACGUGCGGAACGCAAUCAUUUUUCAGUACUUAAAAUGAUGAUACGCUGCAACGAUGCAACGCUUUGUCUGGUGGGAGGCUUCGGCCGUGGCUAGUUACCACCCUACAGGCAAAGCGAUUUAGUGUUCUAGUGCAAUGCCGCGUAGAAUCAUACUAUAUGGGCUUAAUGAAACUACCAUACCCCUUCUAAGUUAGCCCGCUUCCAUCUAAGACUGCAUCAUCACUUACCGCCAUACCACCAGGUAAGAUCGCAGACAAGGGCUAACUUGUAUCGGAAUAUAUAAAAAAACGCAUAUGCGGUCGAUUUGUGCUACUGUUUCAGCAUAUGUUAAGUACUGAAAGGUUUUGGUCGCGCCCUUGAUUAGUUAAGUUUUAUGUCAAGACUAUGUGAAAUCAAUACAAUGCCUCUGUUUACUUUAGCAAACUCCUGACUUUGCUACGGCUUGUUACCACUGUCCCAUCGCAUUGCCCUUGGCAUUGCGUCACAAAUCAUGUUAAGGCGUUAACAAACUGACGUUAGUUACGUGAGUUGUCGUGAUGCAACACUAGCCGAUUGGCGAAGUCACAUAGAUAAGAGAACGUGACAUUAGUCUGACGCUCCGAUUGGUCGAUCGUCGCGCCAGAGUGCGUUGCGACACCACGACAUUAAUUUGUUUGCACUUUUAUUUUUUCCCUCUGUGAAGAUCUAAGGUUGCGCAAGAGUAUAUGAAGUGUUAAUAUUUAAAAUAAUUUUAGAAAUAAAAAGAUUUUUGUUUAAGUUCACUUUUACAAGUGAUUCACUUUUGAUUUGUCAAAUAUAUUUACCACUAGUUCGGAAUGCCUUUUCUACCGAUAAAAACCGGCAAAGAAACUCGGUGGUUACACUUUUCAAACAUUUGAUUUACAAUAUUUUCUAUCCACUUGUGCGUUUUUCUAUUCAUCUUACCACUUGGUUAAUUGACGUAAAAAAAUAUUUUACUUUAAAGUUUAAUCGUCUUUAUCUUCCUUCGAUCUUACAAGUUUACGAUUAUGAUUAAAAACACCUCUAGUGUUACAAAUAAAAACCCAACAAAGAAGCACCAAGUUACAAGUUCUUUAUAAUAUUAUAAAAGAGCUAUCCAGGUUUGUAACAUAACAUCAAAAAUUUAGUUCUAAUAUUGAAAAACAUAAAUAUCAACAGUUUAUCUGAGGUUAGAAGGUUGAAGAAAAAAGCGCACAAGUAUAGUUAAACGUAGUAUUUUUAUGAUAUGCUUUUCGUUGGCAAACGGAAUAAGGAAGAAUUCGGUACUAUUUUUGUAAUGUUUUAGAGUCCCAUACCCGAAGGGUGCCAACGAGACCCUAUUACUAAGACUGCGCUGUCCGUCCGUCUGUGUAUGUCUGUCAGCGGGCUGUAUCUCUGGAACCGUAAUAGAGAGUUGAAAUUUACACAGAAUGUGUGUUUAUAUUGUCACUAUAACAACAAAUAAUAAAAGUUUCGAAAUGGCUGCCAUGAAAAUUAAAUAAAUUAAAAAAGUGUUAUUAUUUGUAUGUUACGGAACCCUUAAUGUACUACUCCGACUCGCACUUGACCGAUUUUUUAACUGUCGCGAAAAAUACGCAAUGCGUUAUUGGAACAACUAUAGUGGGAUAAAAAUAGAACGUAACGUUUUAUUUAAAAAGAUCUUCCAAUAGUGCAGUAAAAAAAAAUAAAGCAACUGUCGAGAAAUAUUUUGUGGUUUAUGUAGGUUAAGAGGUAACGCAGACGACCGAUUGUUGACUUAGAAGGUGAGAAGCGAUGUCAGUUUUUACGCCGCCGAUUCAUUUCACUCGUUAUUUUCUAUCCUUCUCUCCAUCAAAAAUUAAUCUUAGUUGACAAUACAAUAUAAUAAUUCCAUUUUCAUAAAACCGUUUUCUGUGUUAUAUACUAUUUGCUUUAAAAUGGUAAGUGCUUUGUGUUAAAUUUUACUAUUUUGUCGGUUGUCUGCGCUAGACAUGUAUUCUCUGCAGUUGUUCCAGUUUCAUUUGUAUGUAAAUGAUGUGAAUUUACUUUGUUCACGGUUUUAUUAACACAAAUUAAGAAAUGAUAAGUUCACAUCACCUUUUACAGUAUUGCUGUAUUUUUAAUAAUUUUGAUAGUGUAAUAAAGAAUAAGAAAAUGUAAUGUAAUGCAGUAAUAAUAAGAAUUCAUUCCUAUA